AUGGAUACUGCCGAGAACGCUGCCAACUAUGUUACCGAGACCGUGAAGGGCACUGGUGCUGAAGCUUCCAAGGAGACCAACAAGCAGGUCGCAAAGGAUGACGAUGCUAAGUUAAGCACUCGUGCCACCGCUGCCAAGGAUGCUCUUGUCGACAAGAAGGAUGAGAAGGCUCAUGACACCAAGGCCGAUCUCAGCAAGGAACAGGCUAAGCAUGGCUAA